AUGAUUAUUCAACGGUGGACUUAUAUAAGAGAUAAUUAUAAUCGAUCAUAUAAAAAGAUAAAAGAUCAGAAAAGCUCAGGAAGCGGCGCCAAAACAGCAAAGCCUUAUGUAUAUAGUAAACAGUUAUCUUUUCUGCAGAAAGUAAUACAACCUAAAGAGACAAUAAAUAAUGUUACUACCGAAAAUAACAACACGGAAUCCGAUAAUAACACAGAAUCCGAAAACCAGAAAAAUAAUUCUGAGGGAAGAAAUGAAACAUUGGAAACAAACUCAAUAGAGACACAUGACACAAUGGCGGCAAAGAGCCCAAUACCGAGUCGUGUACCUAAAAGAUCUCCAAAGCAUAUGAUUAGUCCUGUAGAUGCGAAGAUGAUGAAAUUUAUGGAUUCUUAUUCAAAUAACGAACCUAAAACAAUGAAUCAGCAUCUUUCAUUUUUUUAUGGGAUAUUACCAUCAUUAGAUAAGUAUGACGAUGAUGAAGUCCUCGAAUUCCAAAUGGGCUACAAUUAA